AUGCUGGGCCAAGCUGUGAGGAGGUUCACUACCUCUGCUGUACGGUCUUCACAUUAUUCCGAAGGACCCGGAAAGAAUUUGCCAUUUUCUGUGGACAACAAGUGGCGCCUGCUGGCCAUGAUGACCACAUCAAAUCUUGAAGAAGUAAAGAUGUUCAACAUAUCACCCCACUGGUGGUCUGCUGGAACAUAUUCAUCAAAGUUUUGUCCUUGCAAAUUAAAUAAAACCUGUUUAAUUUUAUUGUAA